ACAGGACAUGGUGGCUGUGUUGGAUGUGAUAUGCUGUCUGGAAAGUUACCCCAUGACUAAAGAGGCUCUAGAGGAAACCCGACUUGGAAAGCUGAUCAACGACGUGAGAAAAAGGAGCACCGAUAAAUAUCUUGUUAAACGUUUAAAAAAGCUUGUGCGACGUUGGCAGACACUAGUUGGCAUAAAUGAAGGGAAGGAACCAAAUCUCUCCAGCUUGGCAGAUCAAGUGAAUUCAACAUCUGCUCAACAUGGAUCAGCACAAACCCGCACUGAAAAUAACAGUCAAAGUAUUUUCCAGAAUAGAACCAGCCAGACGGCUGAAGUGUCUCGGGAUUCUCUAUCAGGUAAAACCAUAAAUUAUACAACCAGUUUCAGAAAGAGUAAAAUACCCAUCCUUGCCAACAGACUGUAUUGCUCAUCCAUCAAGCAUUUACAGCAUUUCACAAGCUUUAGAACACCUCUGCCCAUUCAGCAUUGCCAAGAUGACCAUAAUGUCAUAAUCAGAGACCAGCGCACGUUGCAGAAAUACUCCAUCUCUGACAAUCAUCACAUAAAGCAUGUUCUGUCGGCUCAGGAGCCAGCACAAUACACCUGCAUUACUUCUUCCCUUCAAGAUUCAUACCUUCAGCAGUCUUCAGACCUCCUCAAAAUACUCAAACCUGCUGCGAUGAUCAAUGUUAACCUCGACGUGGUUUCCAGCACAGUAACAGACACCAACAUGAGGACAUUUCAGGAUAAAAUGAGGAAGGAUCAGCAUAACAAUCACAUUGUCAAGUAUGACGGCUGUCCUGAAGAGUGCAGUGGCAAAACUACACCGCAUGAGGCCAAACUGACAUAUGACCCUCACACUCGACAAAUCCAAACCACAGCAAACAAAUUAUUUCCAAAAGCCUGUCAGAAAUCUUUAGGAAGUGAUUUUCAUGGGACUGAACAUCUAGAAGAAAGCGUUUGUUCAUCUCAACAGACAAACUGGAGAGAGAUGUCAAAGUUGAUUCAGAAUAGCUUGCCAACUUCAGAGAGAUCAGAGAUUGACUUUUCCAGAGACGAGAACGUCACGCAAAAUAACCCCAAGGAGUGCAGAAAAACAUUUCUUCCAGGUUUCCAUGUGAUGGACCUUCCAGGUGUCAGUCGAGCGGUCACCAAGCGAGAUCUCACCAGGGUCAGGAGUCAGCGAUGGCAUGGUGUGAACGGAUGUUUUGACAACAGAAAUAACUGGUAUGAAUGGACUCAGUCUAUAACCCUGGAUCCAUAUGGGGAUGGAAGUAAACUUCAAAUCUUGCCCUAUGUCAACAUUACAGACUCUAAAUCUUAAAGGACAUGAUUCUCAAAUUCUUCAUAGCCCCAUCAUAGUUAGUAUAUACAAUAUAAGACCUCUGUUCUGAUUUUUA